AUGAGUAGCAGCUUCAAAAGUCCAGACAAGGAGGAGUACAUCUCUUCCUCCUCCUUCCCAGAGGUGGAGAAACACAUUGAAUCCGAAGAAUCCAAAUCCACUCUUUCUUUCAAAGAUGAUUUAUCGGCGCCCAAGGGAGAAAUGAAGAGAAACUUUUCCAAUCUAAGUCUUGCCAUGAUUGGAUUCUCUUUAACCAACAGUUGGUUGGGCAUUUCGUCAAGUUUAGUCACUGGUAUCCAGUCAGGUGGUCCGGUCUUGAUUGUUUAUGGUAUUAUCAUCGUUGCUUCUGUGUCUGUGUGUAUUGCCGUUACUUUGGGUGAAAUGGCAAGUGCCAUGCCCUCGGCUGGUGGACAAUAUGUUUGGGCCAGAGUUUUGGCACCAAAGAGAUAUGCCAGCUUCUGGGCCUACAUUACUGGUAGUAUAUCAUGGGGUGGGUCCAUCUUUACAACAGCAUCAAUGUGUUUGGCAUUGGCUUUGGAAUUGUUGGGGUUUUGGAAUUUGAAUCAUCCCAAUCAUGUCACCAAGAAAUGGGAAAUUUUCAUCAUUUACAAUAUCGUCAACUGGUUCUUGUUUUUGUUUAAUGUUUGGCACAGAUUUUUGCCAAUCAUUGGAAACAGUAUAUUUAGUAUUAGUUUGACUUCAUAUGCGAUUAUCUUGGUCACGGUCUUGGUUUGUUCAAGGGGUCAUUAUACCUCAGCUCAUUUUGUCUUUGUUGAGUUCACCAAUGGUACAGGCUGGCCAUCGAGUGGUAUUGCUUUUAUUGUGGGGUUGAUUAACCCAGCUUGGUCGUUUUCUUGUCUUGAUAGUGUCACCCAUUUAAGUGAAGAAACUUCACAACCAGAAAGAGAUAUCCCAAAGGCUGUUUUAUCCACUGUGGCCAUCGGUUUUGGUACUGCAUUCACUUAUUCCAUUGCCAUGUUUUUCUGUAUUCGCAAUCUUGACACUAUUAUCAAGUCUACCACUGGUAUGCCUAUUCUUGAUAUUUAUUACCAAGCCUUGGGAAACAAGGUUGGUGCCACUUGUUUGGGAGCUUUGGUGUUUUUAACUGCUUCCGGGUGUACCAUUGCUUGUCAAACUUGGCAAGCUAGAUUGUGCUGGAGUUUUGCUAGAGAUAAUGGUAUGCCAGGUUCCAAGUACUUGUCUAUCAUUGACCCAAAGACUGGUGGUCCAUUAUACGCCCAUUUAUUCUCAACUGUGAUGGUCACUGUUGUCUCCGUCUUGGUGUUUUCUGAUGCUGCAUUACAAGCCACAUCAUUGGCAUGUGUCUCAUUCUUGGUCAUUGCUUAUGCAAUCCCAACAAUCUGCUUAUUGGUGAGAAAACGUCAAAUUCAACACGGUCCAUUCUGGUUGGGCAAAAUUGGAGCAUUUUGCAAUGUCGUUCUUUUAGUAUGGAUGGUGUUUGUUUUGGUGUUCUUUUCAUUCCCAACGUAUUACCCAGUCACUGCCGCCGGUAUGAAUUACUUUUGUGUGGUUUUGGUGGUUUACGUUGCAUGCAUGCUUAUCUAUUGGUGGUUCCCAAUGCAAAAAUAUGCUUGUAAGAAUAAUUUUAGAGGUGGUCAACAUAACAAGGAAGAAGUAGAGUUUCCCCAUGUAUGUUUGACAGAGUGGUAG